AUGCACUCCCCGCGCAAUGCCGAGGCGACCUCCGCUACCGAACCCUCGGAACGCACACCCCUUCUCGCAUCGCCGGGACUGCGCCAAGAGGACCCUGUGCCCAUUUCAGAAGAGCAUGUUCUGGCAAGUCAGGAAAUCGGCGUGGGUGCACAGGACGUCGCGCGGUUGCCGGAGCUGGGAAAGAGUAUCUCGCGCGCGGAGGCUGAGCAUCUCGUCAAGUUCCAGAGGAAUGGGUUGCUGGAGGGUGUGCCUCCUUGGCGGUUCCGAUGCGUGUUUGGCGGCAUCGUGAUGGGGUAUUUUGUUGCAAUGUUCGAUUCCACGCUUAUGGCCUCUUCUCACCCAGUCAUCACAUCCUACUUCAACGCCUCAAACUCGGCGUCGUGGCUCUCCACGGCGUUUCUUCUGACCUCAACAUCCCUCCAGCCGCUUAUGGGGCGCCUGUCUGACACCAUUGGCCGCCGACCACUCUACCUCGCGGGUCUCCUGUUGAUAUCACUAACGACCGCAUGGUGUGCGUUCGCCCAGUCCAUCGGCUCCUUCAUCGCCGCCCGUGCCUUCUGCGGCAUAGGCGCCGCCGGCGUGCUCUCAAUGGGCAACGUCAUGACCAACGACCUGGUCAGCAUCCAAGUCCGCGGCACGUAUCAGGCGUACAUCAACCUGUUCUACGGCGGCGGCUCAGCCUGCGGCGCGGCAUUCGGUGGCUUCCUAUGCGACAAGCUCGGCUGGCGUAUGACCUUCGCGAUCCAGAUCCCCGUCUUCGUGCUCCUACUGAUCAACGCCUUCCUCACCACCCCGUCAGACCUGGGUCCGAAUCUGCACGCGCGCUCGGGACUCGGGAUCCGCGAUGCGCUACGCGGCUUCGACAUUGCUGGCUCCGUGCUGCUCACGGGCUCCGUCGCCGCGCUCAUCCUGGGCUUGAAUCUCGGCGGCAACGUGUACUCGUGGAAACACCCGAUCGUCAUCACCGCGCUUGUCGCUGCGGGCGUGGCAGGCUCUGUCUUGAUGUACGUUGAAAAGCACGCCAAGCGCGCCGUCAUGCCCCUCCCCAUGCUGUUCAGCCGGCCGCGAGGGAGUCUGGUGUUUAACAAUUUCUUCGCCGCGCUGGGCAUAAACACCAUCCUCUUCAACGCGCCGCUGUACUUCCAGGCCGUCAAGCUCGAGUCCGCUUCUGUGUCUGGAUUCCGGCUUGGUGGCCCGUCCGUCGCGCUGACCAUCUGCGGAGUGAGCUGUGGGUUCAUCAUGACAGCCACGGGGCGCAUGAAGUGGCUCAUCGUCGUCGGCACGUUGUCCAUGUUGGUCGGCAGCGUGUGUCUGAGCGUCAUGUGGGACGGAAUCCCCGCGUGGCUGGCGACUGUCUUCCUCAUCCCGUCGAGCGUCGGACAGGGUUUGUCGUUCCCAGCAACAUCCCUUGCCGUGCUCGCAACAAGCACACAGGAAGACCAGGCCGUCAUGACCAGCACACUGCUCUUGUGGCGCAGUCUCGGCGUUGUGAUGGGUGUCUCGUUCAGCAGUCUGAUCUUGCAGAAUUCGCUGACGGCGUAUCUGAAUGCGCUUGUCACCGGAAGACACAAAGACGAGAUUAUCCUCACAGUUCGCAAAUCUGUUCGAAGCAUUAUCGACUUGGACCCGAAGCACCAAGCUCAAGUCAUUGAGGCCUACGACCGCAGUCUGAAAGUCACUUUCAUCUCGGCAAUCGUCGUGUUCGUCAUCGCAAACACCCUGAUCCUCGCCAUCAAACUCCCGACGCUGAAGAAGAAACCCGCCGACGAAGAACCGUCCGAACCCCCAACCUAA